CUCGUUACUUCUCAGGUUCACAAAUCCUACCUCAUUUCACUUUUCACACACACAAACACAUAUAAUCAUUUCAAUGGCUGCCAUCGGAGAAACUCAACCUGCAAAACACCAAGAAGUUGGCCACAAGAGUCUCCUUCAAAGCGAUGCACUUUACCAAUACAUUCUUGAAACCAGUGUCUACCCAAGAGAGCCACAACCCAUGAAGGAGCUACGUGAGGUCACUGCCAAACACCCUUGGAAUCUAAUGACCACAUCGGCGGAUGAAGGACAGUUUUUAAAUCUACUACUCAAACUCAUUAACGCUAAGAACACGAUGGAGAUCGGUGUUUACACGGGUUACUCUCUUCUUUCCACUGCCCUUGCUCUCCCGGAGGAUGGUAAGAUUUUGGCAUUGGACAUAAACCGUGAAAAUUACGAAAUUGGCCUUCCGAUUAUUGAGAAAGCCGGUGUUGCUCACAAGAUUGAUUUUAGAGAAGGCCCUGCACUUCCUCUUCUUGACCAAAUGGUGGAUGAUGUAAAUUUCCAUGGAUCAUUUGACUUUAUAUUUGUGGAUGCUGACAAAGAUAACUAUCUUAACUACCACAAAAGGUUAAUUGAUCUUGUCAAGAUUGGGGGAGUGAUUGGGUACGAUAACACCCUUUGGAACGGGUCUUUGGUGGCACCACCAGAUGCACCACUUAGAAAGUAUGUAAGGUAUUACAGAGAUUUCGUACUAGAGCUUAACAAAGCUUUGGCUGCUGAUACAAGAGUCGAGAUUUGUCAACUUCCGGUGGGUGAUGGAAUCACUUUGUGUCGUCGUAUAUGCUAAUCAAAAUCUUGGAUGUAUGAUUUGAAUACCAUCACAACAAUUGGUUGAUCUUUAAUGUGUUAAAAGUUGUAAAACAUUUGUAUCAAGAGUUUGAAAUUUCUAAGGUCAUAUGCUUAAUGUUUUCUUCCCAUGUUACAGCUUCAAUAAACACUUGUUAAAAUA